GGCUGCGGACAGGGGCCGCCGCGCCCAUCGAUGGCUGGAGGCGUCUGAGGGCGGACGGAGGCGGCGGCGGCGGCGGGCGCGGGCGCGGAGUGGAGCAGCCGCCGCGGGACCGGACCGAGCCUCGCCGCGUACCUGCCGCAGCGCCCGCGGAGCGGCCCGAGCGCGACCACCUCCCGGAGCGGCGGCCGAGGCGGCCAAGGCGGCGGGGUGCGGGCGCGACAGGCAGGACGAGCGCGGAGACGCUUCCCGUGGGCUGGAGACCGGACUGGAAGCCCUCCUGACUUAAGGCCCGACUCUCGGAGGUGACCGGAGCACCCGCGGCCGGAAGAUGAGCGAGCUCGACCAGCUGCGGCAGGAGGCCGAGCAGCUGAAGAACCAGAUCAGGGAUGCCCGGAAAGCCUGUGCAGAUGCAACUCUCUCCCAGAUCACGAACAGCAUCGACCCCGUGGGGCGGAUCCAGAUGCGCACCCGGAGGACGCUGCGGGGCCACUUGGCCAAGAUCUACGCCAUGCACUGGGGCACGGACUCCAGGCUCCUGGUGAGUGCCUCCCAGGACGGGAAGCUCAUCAUCUGGGACAGCUACACCACCAACAAGGUGCACGCCAUCCCCCUGCGCUCCUCCUGGGUCAUGACCUGCGCCUACGCCCCCUCCGGGAACUACGUGGCCUGCGGUGGCCUGGACAACAUCUGCUCCAUCUACAACCUGAAGACCCGCGAGGGCAACGUGCGCGUGAGCCGCGAGCUGGCCGGGCACACAGGUUACUUGUCCUGCUGCCGCUUCCUGGAUGACAAUCAGAUAGUCACCAGCUCUGGAGACACCACCUGUGCUCUGUGGGACAUCGAGACGGGCCAGCAGACCACCACGUUCACGGGGCACACCGGGGACGUCAUGAGCCUGUCCCUCGCUCCCGACACCCGACUGUUCGUCUCCGGCGCCUGCGACGCCUCGGCCAAGCUGUGGGACGUGCGGGAAGGCAUGUGCCGGCAGACCUUCACCGGCCACGAGUCCGACAUCAACGCCAUCUGCUUCUUCCCCAACGGCAACGCCUUCGCCACCGGCUCCGACGACGCCACCUGCAGGCUGUUCGACCUGCGCGCGGACCAGGAGCUCAUGACCUACUCCCACGACAACAUCAUCUGCGGCAUCACCUCCGUCUCCUUCUCCAAGAGCGGGCGCCUGCUCCUGGCUGGCUACGACGACUUCAACUGCAACGUCUGGGACGCGCUCAAGGCCGACCGGGCAGGUGUCUUGGCCGGGCACGACAACCGCGUCAGCUGCCUGGGGGUGACCGACGACGGGAUGGCCGUGGCGACGGGGUCCUGGGACAGCUUCCUCAAGAUCUGGAACUAACCCACAGCAGGUGCACGCGCCGCGGCCGGAGGCCAUCCCGCCCCAGGCGUUUCCGUGAUCGCAUUUCCAACCCCUACUAACGAACGUGGGCGCCCUCCCCUCCGAACUUCAAAAGGGCAAGACCUCCCCCCACUCACUGCUGAAACCAAGAGCACAAUCCCACGAAGAAAGAGUCUGUGUCUGCUCGACGCGCCUGCACUCCUCCCGGGACCACUGUCUGCGUCUGCUCCGUCCGAGGGGGCUCCGGGGACGCCCGGCGGAGACGCCGCCAGAGCGCGGGCGCGUGUGCUUGCGGGGCCGGCGCCCCCGGCGCGCGCCCGCGGGGGGUUCCGGUCGGUCCCGCCCCUGAUGCCCCCUCAGAGCCAGUCGAGGACGCCGGCCGGCAGCCGGCUCUAAAUUCCAGGUUGCGUUCGUGACGGAUUUGGAAACCACACUUUCUUUCCAAAACACCUGUGUGUCCCCUAGCUAGCCAGAGCGGGGGUCCCGUGCGGUCUCCCCGACAUGGUCACCCGCGUCCACGCAGCCCCCGGUCGUCCGUCUGUCUGGUGUCGUGUGAGCGUGGCGCGCAGACCGGCGCGGGGGCUGCGCGGGCCGAGGGGGGGUCCCGGGUGCGGGCGGCCAGCAGCGUCCCCGGGACCCCUCCCCUCGGCCCGCCCUCCCCGCCUGCUCCGUGGGGUUCCUGCUCUCACCGGUCUCCCUGUGGAGUGGGGGAGUCGGUGACAGCAGCCAGCGCUAGCCCACGCCCACCCCGCCGCCAGGGCCUCCUGUCCGGGGAGGGCCCGUCCUGUGCUUGGGUAGUGAGUCCGUUACUUGUGUAUGAAACAAUGUACAAAUCCAUGUUUUGAAAAUAAUGAUCUCAAACUUUCUAAGUUAAAUUUUAAAAAAUUUGAUCGUUUGCCACAUGGGGUGGGUUAACUCUUAGACUCGCAUGCUGUAGAAACGCUCACAUGUGCAUAGAGGACUUGGUCCUUAGAUGUUCCUUUCUUUCCAGAAGUAAUCUCUUUCCAGUUGCAGCCACUGCGGCUCUGUCCACUACCGCCGCUGCUCCGCACGCACGGAAGCAGUACAGUGCGCGGCUCGACACGCUUGAGUAGCAGGAUGAGUCACUGUCGUCUUUCUCUCUUGAUACAAACGAGUCCCGUCCCAAAUGAUCGCGGUUGGAUUCUGGGGGGGGCAGGGGCAGGGACCGGAAACCCCGGCCUUCCUCUGUCCACUCCUCGCGGCCCAUCUCCCGAGAAACCAGCCUUUUGCACCCGAGGCCCCACUUUUCUAGUCCGCAGCCCCCCCCCGCCGGUUUCCUCCAAGCCGCGUCUGCAGCGGCGUGUGGACGGGCUGCUGGCCGUCCCCGAGCUCUCCCGGGCCGGCGCGGAGCCUCCUGGGCGGGCUGCCAGGCCUGGCCUGGCAGGGCGGGCGGGAGCCCCUCCGUCCACACCCUGUAGAGCUGUCUGCACCUGCCCUGCCCUUUUGUAUUUAAUUUUCAGUCACUGUACUGCGAGGGAGCUGGAACAAGGUAGACCCUGUAUUAAGCUGUACUGUUAUUUAAGAUGUAAUAAAGCAGUUUGACACGAGGGA